UAAAAAAUAUAUGAUUUAUCCAUCCAAAACAUUACGUGGGGAAAUGUGAAUUACUCCUGAAAAAAUCUAACGUAAGUGGCUUCACGGGCACCUUAUUUUCAGGGUUUCAUGGUCUCUUCAGGUUCAAUUGGGAUAAUUGUUGUUCUUGUUGGUGAUUAUCUGGGGUUGGUAUAUUUAUUGAAAGAAGAAGAGAAAAGGCGAAAAAGACUCUUCUUUCAAGAGAGGUUGAGAUGGGUUGCCUGAGAUCCAGGAAAACCGAAGUUUUUUAAAUGCGAUAAAAGGUUCACCUUUUUAGGUUUUCUCAUGUGAUUGUUUGUAGAUGUGGUUUUUGUUUUUUCUUAGGUUCUUCUCAUUGCUUCUUUAGCUUUAACUUCUUGGGUUUGCAGAUAAAAAAAGUUUGAUUUUGAUUGUCUAUUUAAGGGUUGGUGAUUAAGAUAAACUUCGAGUAGCCUGAAAAAAAGGAAAAAGAUUUAAGAAUAUGAUUAGUUUGCGUUGUCUUUCUGAAACUUUAGCUGCUCGUUAAGUUUUGAAAUUGAGAGGAUUGAAGGAUUAGAUCCAUUAGUUGACACCAGAUCUGGUGACCCUUUUGCAUUUAGAUCAUUUAAACUCGUUUGCAUCUUUAAUUUGAUUUUGUUAGUGUAGUUUGUGCUUAGACCAUGUAGAGCUGCGGAGAGAUUGGUGGAUCAAUGAAGUUCGUUGUAAGGGAAGAGUUGGUCUAAAAACUUGCUGGCUUUAUUUCAUGUUUUUGGCGAGAAGGUGAUGAGGAAGGUGAAAAAAAUUGGUAGAUUGUGUGAGAUUGGAGAGAUUGGCGAGAUUUAGUGGAUAUUGUUUUUAGUAGAAGUGAGGGUAUUGAUGGAAGAGAUGUCUCCAGCUGUUGCAUUGACGCUUAGUUUUGGCGGUUCUAUGAGUGAUACCUCAGGACUUGCUACCCAUGUGGAGAUCACACGGCUCAAGCUUGUAAAAGAUGCUGCAAACUCGUUGUCAGAUUCUGACAAGUUGGUGUCUGAGGAUUCUGUUUCAGGUGCCAAUGUAAGUUGUAGUGAUGCAAUUUAUGAAGUUACCAAAGUAAUACCGUCGGAACCAGAAGGGCUUCAGGAAAGUGAGGAAGAUGAAAUAUUAUCAGUCAUGGAAGAUCCAAAUGGUGUUAUCAACGAGGGUUUGGUUGUUUUGGAUCCAGGCUCUGAAAUAAACCUGCCAAACUCAGUGGAAAUUGAUAAUGGUCGAAUACUUGCUAAGGCAAUUAUUUUGGGAGAGUCAAGCGUUGAACAGGUUCCCACAGCUGAAGUCCUUAUUACUCCUGUGAGCGCAGAUGCAAAAGGUUCUGAUGGUUCUGGUUUAAAGUCCUCUGCAGUGGUUAUUCAAUUGCCUACUGAGAAAAAUCUUGUUAGAGAGGCUAGCAGGAGUAUUUUUGAGGUGGACUGUAUUCCCCUUUGGGGUUCUGUGUCUAUUCGCGGAAGAAGACCAGAAAUGGAGGAUGCUGUUGCUGCAGCCCCUCGCUUUAUGAAAAUUCCUAUCAAAAUGCUUAUUGGCGAUCAUGAUGGAGUGAGCCAAAGUUUGAAUGGCCUGACCAGUCACUUUUUUGGGGUUUAUGAUGGCCAUGGGGGCUCUCAGGUUGCUGACUACUGUCAUGACCGAAUCCAUUUGGCCUUGGCCGAGGAGAUUGAAAUUGUUAAGAAUGAUUUGGCUGAUGGAAGUAACAAGGAAAGUCGGCAGUUGCAAUGGGAAAAGACUUUCACAAGUUGUUUUCUUAAAGUUGAUGAUGAGAUUGGUGGAAAUAGUAGCAGAUUUGUUGAUGGGGAUGCUUCUGAUGUCAGUUUUGUAGCUGUCGCCCCAGAAACUGUUGGCUCUACAGCUGUAGUGGCCUUAAUCUGUUCAUCCCAUAUUAUAGUUGCAAACUGUGGUGAUUCAAGAGCAGUUCUAUGUCGAGGCAAAGAAUGCAUGCCUUUAUCAGUAGAUCAUAAACCAAACAGAGAAGAUGAGUAUGCAAGGAUUGAGGCAGCUGGAGGCAAGGUCAUACAAUGGAAUGGACACCGUGUUUUUGGAGUUCUUGCAAUGUCAAGGUCCAUAGGUGAUCGAUACUUGAAACCAUGGAUUAUUCCAGAGCCAGAAGUCAUGUGUAUCCCUCGAGCUAGAGAUGACGAAUGUCUUAUUCUAGCUAGCGAUGGGUUGUGGGACGUCAUGACAAAUGAGGAAGCUUGUGAAGUUGCCCGAAGGCGGAUUCUAUUAUGGCAUAAGAAGAAUGGGGUUCCAGACCUUUCUGAAAGGGGCAAAGGAGUCGACCCUGCAGCUCAGGCAGCGGCUGAUUAUCUUUCAAUGCUUGCUCUUCAAAAGGGAAGCAGAGAUAACAUUUCUGUGAUUGUGGUAGACCUGAAAGCUCAAAGGAAGUUCAAGAGCAAAUCAUGAAUAAGGUUUCCCCAUUCACCAGUCAGUUCUUAGCUGAAGUCUAUAUACUUACAUAUUAGACAUAGUACAACUAAUGAUAUACAUAGUUUGGUCCAUUCCUUUUUCUCAUGGGCUUAAUGUGUGUACACCAUAGAAUCUAGUGUGUACUGUAGCAAGCGUGUCCAUCUGAAUGACAUAGCACUUUGUCUUGGUAUGCUACCAUGCCAUUGCCUGCAGCUUAUUAUCGUCAUGUAAAUUUGAGCUCUGUUGCAGUUGUUAGCUGGUUAGUAAGAGAAUUAUAAUCUCCUGCUAAAGUUCCUGGCAAUUUUAUCCAUUUCCACUAUGAAUUUCAGACUAUGAAUAAAAUGUGUAUGAUAGAUACUCUUAUUAGUA